AUUUAUAAUUAAUAUUAAUAUUAAAGAAAAGACAAUCCGACAGAAGAAUAUUGAACAAGCAUAUAAUUAAAUUGGAUUAAUUUCAUUCGACUGUACAGUGAUUCCAAUGUGACUCCAAUGAAGAAGGAUGAGAAUGAUAACGUAAUGUGCCAUCGUUUAAGCGCACAUUAUGCGUAAAAGAGUGGGAGGUUUUCAGCGUUAGUAUAAAGCUACGUUGGUACAAUCGAUCGGGUCGUAGUCAGUUCUGCAAUUUGUUCCAGUGUCACUUUUCACAAGAAGUUCAUCAUGACAUCUUCUUUGCGGAGAAAGAGGGUUUCCAUAGUCUCCCUCUCAGAAAAGAUGAGGGUCCCACCGAAUAAACCGAAAGCGUGGUUCGGAUGUAGGCACAGACAGGUGAUACUCAUGUGCCUGAGCUUCUUUUGCUGCUACGCCAUCCGGGUGACGACGUCGGUGACUUUGGAGGCGAUGACCAACGCGGCCAGUGCCAAUCCCGAUUUCGAAGAAUUCCGCUGGAGUAUGCCGGUGAAGCAGUUGAUUCUCAGCUCCUUCUUCUGGGGCUAUACCUGCACGCAAUUACCCGCCAGUAUCAUCGCCCAGCGCUGGACCGCCCAGGGAUUACUUUCGAUGACCCUGAUCAUCUCCGGAUUGCUGACUCUCAGCAUCCCCUUCGCCGCUCAUUACGGCGACUGGCAGACGAUGAUCGCCGCGAGGGUAGUAUGUGGCCUCGCCCAGGGUGCUCUUCUACCAUGUCUGCACACUCUGCUAUCUAGAUGGUCGGCGCCUGAAGAACGUGGUAGAUUUUCAACAUUUGUUUAUUCCGGCGGUUGGAUCGGCAACGUAGUAUGCUUGCUGAGUACCGGUUUUCUUGCGGCAUCAUCCAUCGGUUGGCCUAGUUGUUUUUAUAUUUGGGGAGGUCUUGGUGUCCUUUGCGGCAUUUGUUUCUUCCUGUUCGGAAAAGAAUCACCCUCCGAACACCCCAGCAUACCUUUCGACGAAAAGGAAUAUCUCGAAAUUAGUUUGGGGGUAACUGAAGUCAAUGAGAAACCUUCUACUCCAUGGAAAUCCAUACUGAGCAGCUUGCCGGUUUGGGUUUUAUUAUUGGUUCAAUGCGCGCAAGCUUGGGGAUUCUGGAUGUUGCUGACGGAAAUUCCAUCUUAUAUGACUUCGAUCAUGCGUUUCGAUAUCAAGAAGAAUGGUUUGAUGACCGCGUUGCCCUAUUUGACGGCAUGGAUCGUCGGCUUUCCAGUCAGUCACAUAUCCGAUCUGUGCAUCAGGAGGAACAUCGUGACAACAGAAACGUCUCGAAAGGUCUGUAAUACAAUUGGCCAUUGGAUCCCGGCGAUCGCGCUGAUCGGGCUGGGUUACGUGAGACAGGACCAGCCAGAACUAGCUGUGGGCAUUCUCAUCAUCGCUGUGUCCAGCAACAUUGCCGCUUAUUGCGGUCACAACGUCAAUCACAUGGACCUUAGCCCGAAUUUUGCCGGCCAACUCAUGGGAUUUACAAAUACCAUCGCAUCUGCCUGUGCCAUCCUUGCGCCACUGAUCGCCGGGGUGAUCAUCACGGAUUCGACCAAUAUAUUACACUGGCGAAGAGUGUUCUUCCUGUCGGCCGGAAUAUACACAGUGGGCAAUCUAAUUUUCAUCCUGUUUGGCACUAGCCAGGUACAAAAAUGGAAUGACCAAGUUAAAAGCAGAAAAAAUAGCAUCGUGCGAAAAAUAUCGAUGGCACCGGUAAAAGUCGCGACGAUACAGGAACAGAAGGAAGUUGAAAGGAUUCCAUGACAAUCAAAAUAGAGAAACAUUAGAUUAUGUAAUUCUUUUCUUUUUUUAUAUUUUAUUUUUCAAAUUGUGUUCAUUGUGUGAAUGUGUGACUUGUGUGGUAACUUUUGAAUGAUUUAGAAUAUCAAUAUCAUCUCAAAGAUAUGUAUAAAAUAUUAAAGCGUUUUGACUAGAAGCUGCAUGUAAAUAUCACUUGUAUAUAAAAUUUAGGCUGAAUAUAUAGGAUAUGCU